AAUUUCCGUAAACAGAAGGCAACUGCAAUGUGGAAGAUCAGCGCCGGGUGUUAGGUUAAUGUCGCUUUUGACUUUCAUUUAUGCUUUCUGAAUGUGAACGAUGUCUCAGACUGAACUCUCCUGUACGACGUCUAAUGUCAUAGCAAACCCUUGUCAGGGUGCAUGUGCUGGAGACUGUAGAGAUGACUGCAGUAGUCCGAACACCAGUAAGAGGGACCGUGUGUUAAAGGAGGUAGGACUCACCAGCACAGCAUUCAUUGGUCCAGCAUUUCCUCCACCAGCUACCCAAGUCAAGUCUGAUAUUGAGGAUUCACUGAGUGAAUUUUACAAAGAGCUUGGGAAGAUUGAUACACUGGACGGUGCUAAUGGUAACUCAGUGAAACAAGAUGAAGGUUUUGUACAACCACUCAUACCUCCUGAAAUGCCUACAAGCAAAGAGACUCAGGAUGUGCCCAAGGAGAAAAUUCAAAGCACAAGAAACUCAGAUGUCACGGAAAUAGAUGGCUACCAGAAAAGUAGUGGAAGGAAACAGUCAUCCUGGUCUCACUGGUAUCAAAAUGAACCAUACUACCCCAGAAGACCGAGGCCAGGUUUAGACCUGAGCUCUGGUAACGCUGUUUCAAACCAAAACCAGUGGCACAAUUGUCCACCACUGAACAGGCCACCUAACCCAACAUUUCACAGACCCCCGUUACCUCAUCGACCACCCCCACCUGCAUUCCCAAAUCAACAAAAUGCUCCACCGCAUCUGAAUCCUAGCUUUAGCAGUUCAGGCUUGACAAACCAGUAUCAAAACAAGUUGCAUUUUCCAACAUAUUCCCACUUCCCACCACCCAGUGUAUGCAGUCCUCCCUCUUGGGGGUUUCACAGAGAUUCUCCACAUCACUUUGACAGGGACAAACAAGAUUGCAGCUAUGAUGCACUUGUAGAUAAUGGAACUGAUAGGUGGUCUAGAGAUAGAAAGGAAGAAUGCUCUCACUUUGAUGAAGAAUAUGAGAGGCAGCAGGGAUUUGACUCCGAAAAUGAAGCGUGGGAGCGACAUCAUCACUACGAGCCCCGUGAGGGUCGUCAUACAUACCACUCAGCUUUGGUGCUAAUCUUAAUGAGGGGAUUACCAGGAUCUGGAAAAUCAACACUGGCCAGGGAGUUGCUCUCCACUGGUCCUAGUGGCAUCAUUUUGAGCACAGAUGACUACUUUGCAUACAAUGAUGGCUACCAGUAUGAGCCGGGCCUUCUUGGAAAGGCGCAUGAAUGGAACCAGGGCAGAGCUAAAGAUGCUCUGCAUGAUGGCCGGUCUCCCAUUAUUAUUGAUAAUACAAACAUCCAAGCCUGGGAAAUGAAGCCAUAUGUCAAAAUGGCCUUGGAAAGAGGAUACAAAGUGGACUUUUGUGAGCCUGACACCAGAUGGAAAUUCGAUCCUUACGAGCUGGAGAAGAGGAACAAGCAUGGUGUUCCUCAUGAGAAGAUUGCGAAGAUGUUGGAUCGUUUUUCAUUUCCCGUAUCGGUAGACAUUGUCAUGAGUUCACAAGAACCACCUCAUGUGCACCAGAGACAUCACCCGAGCAGCCACAGGUGAUGAGGAAAAGCAAGAUUUCCAUUCGUUUUUACAGGGACCAAACAGCCAAAUCAUUUGCCUUGAACAAUUUUAUACUGGUGUAAAUAUUGUUCGCUUCUGUUUAUACAGAAUUUUUAAUAUAUUCUUUUUUUAUUGUACAUUAAUAUAAAAACAGAAGAGAUUUAUUUUCUGACUAAGCUUUAAUUACUUUGACGUGUAAUAUCUUUCAUAGGCAAUGAAAACAACAGUAUUUUUGUAUUUUGCUGUUUGUGUGUUCAGUCCAAGAUGCAACAACACGGAAAACUAGAAGGUUGUCCCUGACUGCCUCGUGUCAUCUUCCUGUCUGAAGUGAUUACCAGUUAGUUGUUAACAGUUUUUGGCAUCUUCUGAUUUCCUGAAAUCCCCUGAAAAUAUCCAGUUCUGUUGCGAUGAACCCAAACUUUCAUUUUCAAUUGCACACAAAAAGCCAGUUUUCAGUCUUCUUCCAGGAAGUGACUAAUACCUUCUAGUGCCAAAUUUCAUUUUAAUCAGCAUGAAAUUGAUUCAGUUUAUUUAACUCCUGACCUCAGCACUCAGGAAAUUAGUUGUUUAAGGAGGUUUCCAUGCAGAUUAACUGUAUCUGAGGAGAUACUGUUGUGUAUACUCUUGUGAGGUCUAUAUGGUGGCAAGUUAUUUUCUUCCACAAAAAUAGUUUACAGCGGUAAUAUUUUAUCAGAUAAUAGUAUAGUUGUGUGACAGCUAGGGAAAAAAAGCUUAAGUACUUUCUCGAAUUGGACCGUUUCCAAUUUUUUUUGCUUUCCAAAUGAACAGUUGAAGAGGUCUUUCUUGUUGUAAUUCUCCUGUUCGUACCAGCCCCUUCUAAUCUGUUUUCAGUUCAAGUGAUGGUGAACUAAACCCACAGUUGUCAAACUACCUAAAACUAAUUUCACACCUCAACAAUCAAAGUGGAACAAAGGAACUGGACUCUGCUUAAUACAAAAGUCUGUCUUUGUGUUUCCCUGUUGAGCUGCAGAGAAAGGAUAAUAACAAAAAGUAUGGAAAAGACUGUGACUGGAGGAUCAUCACUUGAUUUGUUUACUGCAGACUGUUAGAACUCCUGUUAGCUUCACUUAAACAUUUGAAUAUAUUUUUGCACAGAUAAAGCACAGGAUUUUAUGGGAUCACUUACAUUGAAAUCCGUAUAAACAUAUGGAAGGAUUACACUAACUGUCAGUGUUAGGAUGGAAAGUAAUAAAAUUAAUUUAUGGACUGAAGUGUGAAAGUGAAGCAAUAACACAUUUACAAGUAGUUCAGAAAACUCAUAAACUGUUUUAUUCUGGCAUGUACGGAAUUUCUCAUGAGAACAUUUGGUCAUAACAGAAUAACCUCUGUGAUCCCGCAGCAAAUUACUGCAGUAAACCAGUGUAUAGAGACCUUCAAACAUCUCAUAUCAAUAACAGUGAGUGUGCUGAGGUCUUUGUCUAAUAGCAUUCAUUGCUGCGUCUCACAGGAAAUCACAUUUUGCCUUUCUGUUCCCCCCGGUGUUCAUUAAAGCAGCACACAAAGGUCCUUUAUUGUUGACUUGAUGCUUUGUUUUUCCAGUCGGAGUUGUUUUUCUCUGGACCUCAGCCUGUUUUUCUGUUUGGAAUUCUACAUGUUGCUAGUGUGUAGUUUUUAAGGAAAUACCACAUAAGACAAGCGUUUUAUUAGGGAAAAGGUAGUAAUUUUCUGCAGAGCUUUGUGUGACAGAUCUGGGUUAACUUUCUUGUUCUCUGCUUUACAUUAUGCACACUCCACUUGAGCGUGUUUAAAAAUAGCUCACUGACAAUUGGAAGCGCAUAAACUAAGAUUUUUUCAGUAUGUGCUGGCAUUGGCUAAGAGAAGAUGAUCAGCAAAAGCUUAAAAUACCAACAUGGGUGGUGGACAAAACAGGAACAUUUGACAAUAACAACUCAGAAGUAAAUGUGAGUUUUGUGAUGUAUUGUUGGUCAUUUUAAGGUUCUAGCUUGUUACGUUGUCAUGUUCUCUCAGUUCACGAUAUUUAGGGUCUGUUUGUGAUCACUUAUCUUUUUUGUCACUAGCAUUCUUACCUUCUCAACUGUUCUGUCCUAAUUUUUUGAAAUCUCUCCCAGACAUGUUAACUUAUUUGCCAGUGUUUGGACUGAUGUUCCUCCAACCAGUCAAAGAGAUUUACUUUAGUUGUUUUUCCAGUUGAACAGUCACACAGGUUUCAGUGUUCUUUAAACUUGGCUGCUGUGCUUUUUUCAAUUGUUCAGUUGCUUUUAUUCACUCAUUAGUUGUGGAGAAUGUGAUGAUUCUCCCAACAAAUAGUUUUUUUAUUAUGCUAACAUUGGAAAUAAAGUGAAUGUUUGAUCAUUUUCAAUUAAUAAACAUUGUUUUCUACUUUUUCUA